AUGUUGGCGGUGGCGGGCUCCCUGGUGGCCGCUUUCUGGGCGACGCUCCAUCUCCGGACGCUCCUGCUGGCUGCUGUCGUCUUUCUGUUUUUUGCUGACUUCCUCAAAAGCCGGCGCCCCAGAAACUACCCGCCAAGGCCCUGGCGCCUGCCAUUCAUUGGCAACUUGGUUCCCGUGGACUUUGGGCAGUUGCAACUGCUGCUGCAGCGGUUUACUCAGCAUCCAAAUGUUCUCAUGAAUCCUCAGCUGGCUUCCCUGCCAGCACAGGUAUCUUGUGGAGACCACAUGGCGGCAGGACUAUUCAUCUCCAAUGGCCAUAUAUGGGAGGAGCAAAGAAUGUUCACCUUGACAGUGCUAAGAAAUUUUUGUUUAGGAAAGAAAAGUUUAGAGCAGCACAUUCAGGAGGGGGCUCAGCACAUUUUUGAGGCCAUAGAAAAGGAACAAGGACAACCUUUUAACCCUCACUUCAAGCUCAGCAAUGCCACUUCCAAUAUCAUUUGUUCCAUCACUUUUGGGGAGCGCUUUGAGUAUCACGAUGGUCAGUUUCAGGAAUUCCUGAAGUUACUGAAUGAGGUCACAUCUUUGGAGGCAUCAGUGAUGUGCCAGUUCUAUAGUGUCCUUCCAUGGAUAAUAAAAUUCCUUCCUGGAACUCACCAAACUUUCAUCAGCAACUGGGGAAAACAUUUCAGUUUUCAUGAUUUCAUGAUUGUUUCUCAUAGCAUUGAAAAACACAAUAGAGAUUUGAAUCCUGCUGAAACAAGAGACGUUACUGAUGCUUACCUCAAGGAAAUGGCAAAGUACACAAACAAGACUACUACAAGUUUCCAUGAAGAAGACCUUAUCUGUGACACACUAGACCUCUUAUUACCUCAAACUGAAACAGCAUCUAUGACUCUGCAUUGGGGUCUGCUGUGCAUGGCCCUCUACCCAGAAGUUCAAGAAAAGGUACAGGCUGAGAUUGACAGUGUGAUUGGCCAGUGGAAGCAGCCAAGCUUGGCAGACCGAGAGUCCCUACCCCACGCCAAUGCUGUGAUCCACGAGGUGCUAAGAAUGGACACAUUCCCCCUGGGUGCUCCCAGGGAAGUGACAAUUGAUACCACUUUGGCUAGAUACCACCUACCAAAGGAAAAUGAGCUUGCCUUGGAGAACAAUUAGCCUGGUGUAAGCUACUUAUUUUCUUCACUUCCCUUUUGCAAAAAUUCACCUUCAAAUCCCCAAGGAAUGCGUCACCAUUUCUCCUGUCAGUUACUGCAUCUGUGCUGUCCCUAG